AUGGUGUCAAGACGAGACGAGAUGCUGGGCUCCUUUGCCUCGACGAUGAAUGCACUCGUCGAUGCAGUCUCCUCGCCGAGCUCACAGUCCGGCUCGAGUUCGAGUGCACAACAGAACGCCGAAAGAGGCAUCACUCACACCGGUGAUCGACUGGCUCGCAACAUCCAAUCUGGCCUGACCACAGUCCUCGAUAGCAACUCACGGCAGGUACAGCUCGCAGAGCCGACUGUUCGGGACGUAGCCCCGCCCGCUGCUUCGUCUGCCUCGACAUCGCGAGCGGCCGAUCCCGUGAAUGAGGACGAGCUGCCAUCGUACACUCGUCGUGCGCCCAAGGUUCGACAGUCAGUCGUUGAUACGGAAGAGACACGCAAUGCUAUCCUGAGCAAUCUCAAAGAGCACUCUUUUACGAGCAAGUCCUCACGACUCGAGCUGACAGUGCAGUCUGCUUCUGCCAAUCAGUACCCGCUCUUUGUGCAGGAUCUCUUGACAUCUAUCGCCGGUCAAGUCAUUGUCAAUCUCGAGAAAGACGAGCCCAUCUCGGCCGUCAGACUACGUGUCAAGGGCGUGGCCCGUACGCUUGCCUAUCGUAUCCAAGGCAAUGGGCGCCAUCCUGUCCUGUCCGAGCUCAUCUUCCACGAAGAAUCACGCUUGCUAUACGAGCAGACGGAUCCCAGCCAGAACCUCGCUCGUGGGAUCUACAAUUUCGACUACAAAUUCGAUCUGCCAGAGCGACUGGCAGACGGAUCUGCCCUCCCACCCAGCUUCUCACUGGCAACCAGUGACCCUGGCGCUCUCGGCAGAUCAAUGGAAGCCGCAUCCGUCAAGUGGUACAUGAAGCUCACCCUGGCUCGUCGUGGUCUUUUGCGGCCGAAUGAGCGCCUAUUUGCGCCCAUUGUCUAUCUAUGUCGUCAACCCCUCCCUGCGCCCAGUCCGCUACGCGAGCUUGCCAUCGCACACGGUCAGAAAGCACCUGGCCCGCUCGAAGAUCCGCCAGGCUGGCAAGGCAGGAAGAGCAAGCUAACGUGCAAGAAAGGCGUCUUCAAGGCAAAGCAGGCCUGGUUCGAAAUUGUCGUGCUCGUUCCAAAGCCAUCCGUGUUCGCGCGAGAGUCCGACGGCAUCGAGUUCUACCUCAAGAUCACCUCUAGCGAUCCAGAAGUGACGUCUGAUUUCCCCAACAGCGCCAUACGCGUCAUGCUUGUCCAGCGUACGGCUGUCAGUGCACAGGGCUUACAAGAUACCCACGAGACGCUGAUUGCGAAUGCAAACUUGCACUCUUCUGGCGCAGACAAGGGCGCAAAGUUCGCCACGUCAGAUCCAGAGACAACCGGUAUAUGGUCCAAGAAAGCUACAGGGACGAUCAGAAUACCCGCACACCUAGUCCCGAGCUUUCAGUCACCUAGCAUACACGUCUCCUAUGUUGUCAUGGUACAAGCCACGGCGCCAGGAACGCCCGCACUCGUCACGAUACCCGUCGACAUUGUCGCAACCCAGACAAAGAGUCUUGGCAUACACGGCAAAGCAGCAGCCAAGCCGCAGGAUGCGCCUCAAGUCGAUCUUCCCCCAAGCUAUUUCUCAGUGGUCGAGGAAAGCAGAUAA